GAACCCGCAAAAUCUGAACCUAUCGUUCCUGGUCCACCUGGAGCACCAGGAAGUCCUGGACCACAAGGACCACCCGGACCACCUGGAAGCAAUGGUAUCGAUGGAGCUCCAGGAGAGCCUGGACCAAAGGGACCAGAUGGAGAGCCAGGAGCACCUGGACAAGAUGGAGAACCCGGUCAACCCGGACACCCCGGUCAAGAUGGACAACCCGGAGAGAAGGGUAUCUGCCCGAAAUACUGUGCUAUCGAUGGCGGAGUCUUCUUCGAGGACGGAACGCGUCGUUAG